AUGUGUAAAUUCCCCAGGGUUCUUUCGGGUAUCUUAGCUCUCGGAGCUUUGUCCCCAUACCCACCGGCAAACUCGCCCAGUUUACCCGCUACGUUCAACAAGCGGGCUAGACAUUGUGCUUUCACCAUCCGGAUAAACCUCAAGCCAGGCCUCCACAUGCUCUGCACUGUAGACAUUACGGAGAAACUGCAAAGAAUGUUUCAUGUUUCUGGUUCACCUUCUAUGGCUAAAUACAGUACUGUAGUCGGAUACCGCCUAGUUAAAGUAUGGGAAAGAUUUCUGGUGGACAGAUAG